CUGGUCUUCCUUGUCCCGAGAGCUUGAUUGGUAUAAAAACAUGCCCCAUUCCUCUCUAUAGAUUGAAUAGGUUGUUUCUUUUUCUCAUUCCGUUGGAUAUUGGUUGCUCGUCGCAUCUCUAUUCCGCUAUGAGUGUCGCAUUCAAGUUGAUCGCUCGCCGGCCGGCGCUCCCCCACCUCUUCGCUCGUCGUCGCUAUACACCGCAAUGGCGCUCCUACAGCACACCUGCGGAGGAUACACUUCCUUUGAAAGGGGUGCGGGUCCUUGAUAUGACUCGAGUCUUGGCUGGGCCAUACUGCACACAGAUACUGGGAGACUUGGGGGCCGAUAUUAUUAAAGUGGAACAUCCUGUCCGUGGUGAUGACACUCGGGCGUGGGGUCCGCCUUAUGCUCAGUACCAGGAUGGGAACCAUGAGGGACCCGGUGAGAGUGCGUAUUAUCUUGGGGUCAACCGCAACAAAAAGUCGAUCGGACUGUCCUUCGCUCACAAGUCUGGCGUGGAAAUCCUCCACCGUCUGGCUAAGGAAUGUGACGUCCUUGUCGAGAAUUACCUUCCGGGGGCGCUGAAGAAAUACAACAUGGACUACGAGACAUUACGAGCGAUUAAUCCCAAAUUGAUCUAUGCCAGUAUCACUGGGUACGGCCAGACAGGCCCCUACAGCAAUCGGGCCGGAUACGAUGUCAUGGUGGAAGCCGAGAUGGGCCUCAUGCACAUCACCGGAGCGCGGGAUGGCGACCCCGUCAAGGUCGGUGUAGCCGUCACCGAUUUGACGACCGGUUUGUACACAUCGAAUGCAGUUAUGGCCGCGUUGCUGGCGCGGGCGCGGACGGGCAAGGGACAACAUAUCGACGCCUGCUUGAGUGACUGCCAGGUCGCAACACUCGCCAACAUCGCCAGCUCGGCCUUGAUCAGCGGGAAGAAGGACUCCGGAAGAUGGGGAACCGCGCAUCCGUCCAUUGUCCCUUACCGGAGCUACAAGACCCUAGACGGAGACAUCCUGUUCGGCGGUGGCAAUGACCGGCUUUUUGGUGUGCUGUGCGACCGGCUGGGCUUCCCGGAAUGGAAGACAGACCCCCGAUUUGUUACCAACAGCGAUCGUGUCCAACAUCGCGAGAUUAUCGAUGGGCUCAUUGAGGAAACGGUCCAGAAGAAGACCACGCAGGAAUGGCUGGAGAUUCUCGAAGGCAGCGGGAUGCCGUAUGCCGCAGUCAACGACAUCCAAGGGACCUUGAACCACUCCCACGUGCAAGCACGAGGAAUGGUCACCGAGGUCGACCAUCCUUCGUGUGGGCCUAUCAAGCUCGUCAACACUCCCAUCAAAUAUUCCCACGCGACGCCUGGCGUCCGAACGCCGCCUCCGACGUUAGGUCAACACACGGACGAGAUCCUGGGAGAAAUCCUGGAGUAUGAAAAGGAUGAUAUCGCGCGUUUGAAAAAGGAAGGUGUGAUUUCGUAGAUUAUGGUGGGUUGUUGCCGCUCACGGAUGUACAUAGAGAGGGGUUCGGCAAUCAGCAGAAAAGCUAGACCGUAUAUAAGCCGUUACAUUAGUCCAUAGCAAACGACGUAUA